CCGUCCUACGUGCUGUACCUCGCGGUGCUGCAGCCGCUCCGCGUGCUGGACAGCCAGCGCUUCUGGUACGUCGAGGGAGUGCUGUUUAAAUGGCUGUUAGCUAUGGUGGCUUCCUGGGGCUGGUGGGCAGGAUACACAGGCUGCAUCUGCAGGUCUUGUCCAUGUAAACAAGGAAAAAAAGGAGUGGGAACACACAGCUCUGGAGUCUGGUCAGACUCCUGAUUAGUCAGAAAGUCAGUGUUGACCCAGAUGGAGCGCUCUUUUUGUUAGGCUACAAGAGCUGAAGCUUCUGUGAUAAUAUGCCUUUUGGUACCCUGUCAUGUGCCUUUCCGAGAUGCACAGUUUCUGUGGAUAUUCUAGUUUCCUUGCAGUAUUUGAAGAACUUCGUAUUCAUGGUAUAUACUAUAAUUUGUCAUUUAAUAUACAAGUAAAACAAGCUAUGAAACGGCCCAGUCGAUACAAUGGGAGGGAGAUGGAGCAUAUCUGUGGAGUAGUGGAAUGGGGUGACGAUGUUAAAGCAGUAUCAGAAGAUGAAGCCAUGGUGCUGGUGAACCAUCAAGCAACAGGGGAUGUCUGCACUCUCAUGAUGUGCCUUCAGGAUAAAGGCACGGUUGUCCGUCAGAUGAUGUGGCUGAUGGAUCAUAUUUUUAAGUAUACAAACUUUGGCAUUGUGUCUCUAAUCCAUGGAGACUUCUUUAUAAGACAGGGAAGAGCACACCGUGACCAGCAGCUUGUGUUACUCAAGGAGCACCUAGAAAAAUAUUACAGGAGCCGUAAUCGGAAAUGGAUUGUUUUAUUUCCAGAGGGUGGCUUUCUUAGGAAAAGGAGGGAAACAAGCCAGACAUUUGCCAAGAAAAACAAUUUGCCAUUUCUUAAACAUGUCACCCUGCCAAGACUUGGGGCAACACAAGUAAUUCUGAAAACGCUUGUAGCUCAGCAAGAAAAUGGAACUCUAGCAGGUGGAGACGCUGUGAUAAAAGAGAGCAAAUCAAAAGGCCUCCAGUGGGUGAUAGAUGCAACCAUUGCGUAUCCCAAAGGUGAACCAAUAGACAUUCAGACUUGGAUUCUUGGCUACCGACAACCAACAGUUACACAUGUACAUUACAGAAUUUUUCCAAUUAAAGAUGUACCCGCAGAGCCUGAAGCGCUUACGCACUGGCUAUAUCAACGGUUCAUUGAAAAGGAGGAUCUCUUGACGCAUUUCUAUGAAACAGGAGCAUUUCCUCCGCUGCAGGGCCAAACAAAAGCUAUUUCUCGGGAGGUGACCCUCAGUAAUUUGUGGCUAGUUGGCAUACAAUCACUUGCAUUUUUGUCAGGCGGUAUGUGGUACUGCAUCUUUCAGUAUUUUUAUCAUUGCCUAUUUUAAAGUUGAAUGGGACCUGAGGACACAAUGGGAAUCCAGGCUCUUGCCAAUGAGUAUCAUGUUGUAUGUGCAAAUGUGAAUAUACAAGCAUAAAGGAAAAUACUGGAUGGACUCUUACCUCUCGUUGGGGAAAUUUUAAAUGCCACUGAAAGUGAAGAUCAGUAACAUAGUGACCUGAUGAUGUAUUAUUUUAAGAAUUGUCUGUAUUUUUAAAAGGUGUAUACUCUCACCCACACUUAAGCAAAUUCAGCAUUUGGACAAAAGGUGCAAUCGUACAACCGCCAUAGAAGAAUGUCUGCGACAAGAAAACUAUCACCACAAGUAUUUGUUGGCAUCAUAGUUAGAGCUCAGAAAAUUCAGCAACGUGUCUCUUCAGUAGUCUGUACAACACUUGUGUGGUGGAGAUUCCUCAUUUGCACAAACUCAUACUUUAUUGCAACUCAUUGUGCUGGAGUCAGUAAAGAUACUCUGCAGAGCUGAUGGUGGUAUCGUUGCUACUACCCAGUCAGCAGUGGUUGUAUUAGACACACCGAUCUAAAAACAGGACCCAAAUAAGAUCCAGUAUCAGAUGGUUUUUAUGGGGAAUCAGUGCUCAAAAAAGCAUUGCAGUAUCAAAAUGUUAUUAAAAGUUACCACAUUUGAUGAAUCAGCCCAUCCUUGCUGUGGUUUUACCAUCAGCUGUCUGAAUUCUGUGUGCUAACAGUAUCUCAUAUUAUGAGGGAACUUGGAAAAUAUGAAGUCACUUGAUUUAUUUUCCCGUUUUGUGUUUAGAACGCAUCUCACUGAUCAUUAUCAUUUUGCAAAAUGCACUUUUAAAGAUGAAAAUACAGUGAAGGAAAGAUGUACAGCUUAGGAUGUAGGGGAAAGCUUUUAUCUGUCACAGAAGCCAGAACGAUUCUAGCUAUUUCUGAAGGUCUGCUGGUGCUGCUGGUGAUUUUUAGCCACCUCUGUAUUUUGUAUACUGCAGUCUAACCAAGGUGACCUUUGAAUGGUUUAUGGAGGCCUUUUUCUCCCCUACUAGUUGCAACAGCGCUAAAUAUCCUUGUGGGAGUUUAAAUAAUUCAAUGCCAAGAAUCUUAAUCUUUUGCUUAGGGAAAAAAAGAAAAACUAUUUUCUUAAAAAGAAAAAAUAGGUACAAUUGCUAGCAUAAAUCCACAAAAAAGUAUGGUAAAUGCUCUGAAUAACUACAUGGAGGGCAGUAUUAAGUCUGCCACUGUGCUAAAAUCAUAAUGGAAGAAGGAGGAGUUGAAUUUAAAGGCAAACUGGAACGGAUGCCAUUUUCAGAUGUGAUGUAUGAUGCUUUUGAAAGGAUGUCGGUGGUGUAUAUUCUCACUUCUGGCAGGUCUAGUUGGCAUCAUGCUUAUGUGAUUACACAAAGAUUUGAGAGCGCUGUUCCUAAAAUAAAAUUAAUCUCUCUAAAUACAAGCAGGAUAUCCAGAACUCAGCUGUGGCGUACUGCCUUUUAUAUACUUAUUUUAUUGAGGACAAAGCCAGCCCUCAGUAGUUUUGGCUCUGCUUUAGCAAUAUCGAUCCUUGUCUCUCUCGUGCUACAUGAGUCACAAUGGGUGGUGCACAGAAAACAAACCAUAGCCCGCGUUCCCUUUGGAGAGGGGAAGAGCAGGAGCAUGCCAAAAUUUGAGGCAAUGCCCAUUUCCUUCAUUUAAUGCAAAAAUAUCUGGUUAAAAUAAAAAGCAGUAGUUUUAUCCUAAGGUAGCUCAGUGGGGGUGGCUGCAAAAUGAUGUAUCGUGACAAGUUCCCCUGAAAUACCUCACCGACUUACAGUACCACUGCAGCCGGAAGGCAAAGGACAGUGCUCGCCUCGAGCUUAUCAUUUUAUGUAUGAUACUGUUUGUGAAUCCCGCCUCUUUACACCCAGGCACAACACGCCUGAAUCCCAGUGUAAGGUAAAAUCCAUUUAAAAAGAGGUAUAUACUGCGAAGGGAGGCAGUCUGGGGCGCAUGACGUUUUUCCUCGUGUUUCUGUUAAAUUACAGCUGAAAGAAAGAAUGUAUUUAAUUUGCCACUUUACGGGAAGGCGGUGGGGCAGCCCCGGGCCGUGGGUCUGUCUGCCAAACCUCAGCGCUCGAGCAGAGAUGGACCCUGGAAGCCGCCCCGCGUGGGUGGCGGAGCGCUUUGCCUCUCCUCCGCCAGGUGGUUUUACCAGAGACACGCAUAUUAAUCCUGUUUUUAUUUUGAACUUGGACAGACAAGAGUGAUGUAAAAAGGGAAGUUUAUAUAAGCAGAUUGCACAGUGGUAACUCGCAUCAGGAGGUUGUUCUUUAUAAACCCAGUAAACUCUGUGUAAGAGCAUACUGUUUUUUUCAAAUGCAGUAUAUAUAUAUUUUUUUUUUUCCAGUGGACUGCCGUCAUAGCGAGUGUUCACAUGCUGCCUAACGAAAUAUUAGUAACGCGCAAUAAUGUUUCAUAUGAUCGUUUGAUUUAUCUGGUUCCUGUUAACUUGGAGUUUGUUCCUUCAUUGUUCUUAACUAUUGCAAGACCCUUGUUUUCAAGCACUGAUUGUAGUUCUGACAGAGGGAGCAAAUAGUGGUAGAUCGCUGCUUUCCCGCCCACGCUGGAAGACGCAAGGACGGCCCGGCGCUGUGUGUCUGCGUGGCUGAAUUGUCGAGGACGCUGAAACAAAAACUGUUGUUAGGAAAUCCAAAGUACCCAGGGCCCAGCACGAACUUGGACACGACUUUAUGGAAGAGAAUUAAUGGGAUGCAAUUUUUUUUUUUUUUUUUUUAAAUCAAGAGAAGAACAUAAAAUGCUUAUAGGAAACCCUGUGUUGAACACCAUGCUGGUCAAGACUGGAGCAUAGCACACUAGCUCGUAAAACCUGAAUUCCUGUCAGUUACGGUUCGGUUCUGCUGUCGGCUCGUGUUGUAGCUGUCGUGGGCAUUUUGUUACAGCCGUCAAUGGGUUUUCUGUUGUGCACAGUUCAAAAUGCAUUUGCUAUAAAAUGAUGGUAACGAACCACGGUUGGCCCUGAAAUGAUCGCAUAAUUAAUAUACCUUUGAAUUUAGGAGCAAUACAAUGGAGGAGUGCAUGAAGAGAUGCAGGAUGCAAAUAGAGAAAAGGUUAAGGGAAAGCUGUUGCGCACACAAGUGAGAACGUAACAGUUCCUAGUGGAAAAGAGUGGUUCUCUGCCAGGGUUACCCACAAAACAUCUCUAGGUUUGCCUUUAACUGUUCAUAAAUGAGGUGUUACCGUUGAAACAAUGUAAGUCAUAAUAGUUUAACGUUGCUGCUCUUUGAUUCCCAUUUUGUGAAGAAUAUUUGCCCGUUCACCACGAACAGUGUUGUUUUUAGUUCCCUUUUUGUGUGUUCCUUCCUUACAGGUUCUCUUAUAUUUUAUGCAUGGUUCUGUCAAGUGUUUCAGCAACAGUGUGUCUUACAGGAGGGAUUUUUUUUUUUUAAGUCAUCAGAUUUUGAGAAGCAAGAUUUCCAUUUAUCUUGUUGUAUUAAAAAAAAUAAUGACCACUGUGGUACUGUUGAUUGUACACUUGUUUUGCAAACGAUGUAAUUGUUUUUCUUCUGUUUGACAUUGCCAUAAAGUGUUGUUAACCUUUCCACCUGUUUGUAGAAGAUGAUACAAAUACCGAUCACUGUGUGUGACAGUAUUCAACUGCUCCACUUUGCCUUGACAUAAAAUUUUGGGAACAAAGGUACUUAAAAGUGGGAUUUCCAAAUCACGAGACUGGGGGUCAGUGCAUUCUUUGAUAGCUGGCUGGAGAUUUUGUGCUGAUCUGACACAAUCACACAAAAUAAUUAUACAUCGGGGUACUGUAUUGUUUGGAAAUAAUGGAGCCAUAUGAAAUAAAAGGUUAUUUUGCAAAAUUGCAUAUUUGAUAGUUUUUACACUUUUUGUUAAAAAGAACAAUUGGAAGAGCAGAAUUGAAAUGAAAACUGUACACUACCUGGCUGUGAUGCAAAAGUCUUUAAAAGGAUUCUAUGCAUUUUAAAGUUAAACCUUUUUAUUUUAUCAUUGGAUAAUGAAAUAAUUAUACACUGAACAACUGUCCUAUUAAGAGUUGGUUCCUUUAAAAUUAUAGACUGGUGUUCAUGUCGUAUGAUAAAAAUUAAUUUUCUUGAUACCACUUAUUUUACCUCCAAUUUUUUCCUUCCCUCCUGUGUUAUCUGCAUUUUGUUGUGUAUGAUAAAAAUGGAUGCAGAAGCCUGUAGUGACUGUCAGUGAUUUUGCAAAGGGCUGGUGAUGUUUGGAUUUAUUAUACUGAACUUACUUCGUUGGAUUUUUUUUUUUUUUAAUCAGAUCCUCUCAGCAACCAAGAUGUCUUUCAGAAAUGUAGACAGAUACCAGAAGAAACAUUUCUCUACAGAGAUUAAUAGGUGUUUUUUUCCCCCAUUUUUUUUGUGUGGCAAAAUAAAGUUGAUUUUUUUUCAAGA